ACGACUCGCUGAAAGGCGCUUUCGGGGCGGGGCGAGCGGGGGGAGCGCUCCGCGGAGACGGCCCGAACCGCCAGAGGUGAGAGGUAAAGCGCGGAGCCGUUUGGGAUCGCAACUCUCCUGAAGAGAGGCCUUUGGGUCUCAUCCAAUCAGUUGAAAGGCCUUAAAAGCAAAACUGAGGUUUCCUUGAAGAAGAAGAAAUAAUACAUUGUUACUGCAAUGACAACUUCUGCCCAAGAGUUAGCAGCCUGCCAACCUACCUACACAUUUUGAACUGGCCACUCCACAAAUGCAUGAGACACUUUCUUGAAAGUUCAGUUAAGUUCCUUAUGUCCUCCCCUGAAAUUGCUUCCCUAUCAUGGGGGCAAAUGAAAGUACAAGGCUCUACUAGAACUUAUAAGGACUGCAAAGUGUGGCCAGGGGGAAGUCGGGCUUGGGAUUGGAGAGAAACAGGAACUGAGCAUUCUCCUGGUGUGCAGCCUGCAGAUGUGGAAGAAGUUGUCAAGAAGGGUGUGCAGACCCUUGUGAUUGGCCGAGGGAUGAGUGAGGCCUUGAAGGUGCCUCCAUCAACUGUGGAGUAUCUUGAGAAACAAGGCAUUGAUGUGCGGAUCCUCCAGACAGAGCAGGCAGUGAAGGAGUAUAAUACCUUGGCUGCCCGAGGCAUCAGGGUGGGAGGGGUCUUCCAUUCCACCUGCUGAUGGAGCCUUAAGGAGAAUAAAUCACUAAGCAACAAUG